GGGGCAGGGCUAACCGUCUCGCUCGCGGUCAGGUUUGACAGGUAGAGCGAUACGGUGCUCGGGAUCAGUAGGCGUUGAAGAGAGACAACAAAAGCGGAACCAAGCAAUCAUCGUUCGUUCAACCCCCACUGGACGAAGGCAUGAAUGAAUGGCAGGCUGUCUCGCUUGUCGUUGCGUGGCAUGGCGCUCGGUGAUUGGAGAGAGUGAGGCAGCAGUAUUGCACGUUCUCAGCCGUUACCAUGGUACACUUGCAGCAUUGGCCGGUCGGGUUGUGUGUGUUGGUGUUUGUAUGCGUAGAAGUCUGUUUUUACUGCUGCUCACUGGUUGCUGCGCUUCGUUAAAUCAGUGUAGUCGCAGCAAGAAGUGAGGAAAAUCAUCAUCAUCGUCGGUCCCGUCGUUGUUGCGGCCUCUAGUAGUACUCGCUAAUCGGUCCCAACUGUUUUUGUAUAUUUUUGGCCGUCCGAAUGUGUUGAUAUGUUAUUUUAUCGUUGGAACCCGUCGCUGCAAUAGCAAGUUUUGUGCUCGCUCGCGCCCGCUCGUAGUGCCGCCGUGUGUUUGUGCGCCCAAUUUUCGAUCCAGGAACACCCGGCCAGAGGACGAGCCACAACCAGUUAGUGUCGGUACCGCACCGAUGGUGGAUGUGUUUUUUGUUAUUUAUGAUAAUAAAGUGAAAUUUUGAUUGAAAACAAUGUCGGUGUGAUAUUUACCUUCGACCGUCUCGCCUUUUUCGUAAAUGCUCCGGGUUUUUAUUAUUAUUGGAAGCAAGACGAUUAGUGACAGUGAGCGCCGGGCGAACCCCCGUCUGACCUGCGGAGAAGAGUUUAACGAAAAAAAUAUUUGCACAUAUUUGUUGUGGAAGAUAAUAUUGUUCGGAAUAACAAAUUCAGUUGUUUAAAUUGAAAACAAACGUGGCAAGUGGACUGUGGAGACACGCGACUUCUUUAGUGGCAGAUUGUUUACGGUGAAGAACAUUGAAGAUGCAUACCCUGUUUACGGAUCAGAAUACAUUCUCGCGGCAUUAUGGCCACACACAGCCGGGUUACCCGACCAAUACGGGGACCAUGGCGCCAGCUCAUCACUACACCUACGAUCAAUACUCGCGGUAUACCUAUGCAGGAUCAGCGUAUGCCCUGGCUGCUCCCCAUCAGAAUAAGGAGAUGGUUAAGCCACCGUAUUCGUACAUUGCGUUGAUCGCGAUGGCCAUCCAGCAGGCACCGGAGAAAAAAGUUACUCUCAACGGAAUAUAUCAGUACAUCAUGGAACGUUUUCCUUACUACCGGGACAACAAGCAAGGUUGGCAGAACUCCAUUAGGCACAACCUAAGCUUGAACGAGUGUUUCGUCAAAGUAGCACGGGAUGACAAGAAACCCGGAAAGGGAAGUUACUGGACGCUGGAUCCCGAUUCGUAUAAUAUGUUCGAUAAUGGAUCAUUCCUUAGACGAAGAAGGCGGUUCAAGAAGAAGGACGCUCUCAAGGAAAAGGAGGAAAUGAUCAAGCGACAAACAAUGAUGCUGGAGGACAAAAUGGGUGACAUCAAGCCGAUCAAGAUCAUGGGAACAGGUCAUCACUUAGACGGCAAGCAACUUUCUCACCAGUUCAAACGAGAACCGGGACUUGACCUGGCCACACAGUGCAUGGUCAAAGAUAGUCUCGCUCCAACCAUCCUCAACACCUGCCACGAUUCGCUCGCCACUCAGAUGAAUCACCUGUCAGCCAGCGAUCACGGUUUCUCCGUAGACUCCCUCAUGAACGUCUACAGCCCUCGGCUGCACCACACUUCCUAUCCGUACCACUUCAACGAGGACAAUCUGGUGGCGACCUCGGGUCAGCUACGUCACCAUCACACCUCCGCCCAUCAUCCGCCCCACCACGGUGGUUGGUACACCCCGGAAACCCCGCCAGAAUCGAUAGGAAACACCUCAGGAGGAAGUGGAUCCACCCCAACCAUCCCAACAUCCACACCCGCCUCCGCCGGAUUCCGGGACAUGGUGUUCGAGCAUAGUCAAACCAACUGCCAAAUGGAUACGGGCAGCCCCAGCAAUAGUAUCACCUCGGCCAGUCCACCGGUGAUUCCCGGAUCGGCCAGCAGCAGUGCAGCGGUGGCGGCCGCCGCCGCAGCCGGACACCUAACCGCCGCCGGCAACCUGAGUCACCUGGGGCACUACCGAUCGCACGUUGGCUACUACCAGGACUGCGGCAUCAAGUACGGCGUGUAAAGCUGGAGUGUGUAUGUGAUACGAAAAGUGAGGUAUUAGUUUGCUGUAGAUCAGUUGUUCAGAUCUCUCACGCUCUCGUGUGCUGAAGUGGUGCUGUGUGGAAGUACAUCGAUCAUCUCUUGCCGUUUCUCGAUGGCUUUCCCAUUCAGACUCUCCUCUUCAGGUGAAGAAGCUCGUUUUCGUCGAAAUGAGCUGGGGAGUUGGCCUUGGUAAAAAUUCCACUUGCGUCACAUUCUUUCUUUGGCUUUGUGAGAACCGAACGGCAGCUGUGCGGGUCAUCAAUUAUUGAUCUUCUUGAUGAAAAUGUAUGAUUCACUUGAUUAUAUAGUCUUAAAUUUUUGGCAUUCUUUAGGAAACUUUGUUCCCCAAUUUUCGAAGCAUGCCAUUCAAUUUGCAAGUUCAAAAACUUCCCAGACUAAUCACCACCACCUCGUGAACGAGUUUGCCUGAGUGGAUCUGAACCCGAAUCAAGUCGAAUCUCGUUAUAAUACAUACCAACGUCUAUAGUGAGUGCGAAUUAUGAGCAAAAAUCAAUGACUGAAGCGGCACGAAUUUAAUUUAUUUUCAACGACCGAGAGGCAUAACGAACUCAGCAUAGGUACUUGAAUCGGCUAUAGAGUGUAUUUCAUUCCUUC